ACGAUAUCAUCCGAUAUAACUUCAUAUUCAGGACUGUUUGUCUGACAUCGUUCCGCUAACAAAAAAUAGUUCAAGAAAGGCUUUACCUGAAAUGGAAGAACACAAAAUCAAUUCAUGAAAUUUUAAUUACUGAAUCUCUUUUCUACGAUACGCUUAGAAAAACAAGAUAUGAUUCCAUGUUAUGUUUCACUGAAAGAUCAAAUUUGGUUCUACAGGGAAUAGGGAUACUACCAGGUGACAGAGUCAAAGUUGAACCAAGUCAUUCUGACACGACGGAUUAUCAAUUUAGGCGUUUUUAUCGGUGAUGAGUUUUUAUCAAUUUUAUCGGUGAUGAUUCGGUAUAGAAAAAUUAGAAUUCUGGAUUCAGGACUUAGACCUAAUUUCGAAAAAGACUCUUUGAGCCGGUUUGUCAGAAAGACUCACUCAGCGAGUAGGUAGCGAGGCGCCUGUUUGAUAAAUCGAUAGAAUAUAGCAGAGAUGGAGGAUGGUGAGAAUGAAAACCGGCUUGCAGAAGUUGGAAGAGCAGAGGAGAAAGUGACACUGAAAGACAGAGUAUGCACAGAAUAUAUGUGUUGUGGCUGGUCCUGCAAUAUUUUCGAGAUUUUCAAGGUCUGGACUUGGUAUCAUUAGCCAAGCAUUCAUUGGCCAUAUGCGACCAACAGAGCUUGUUUGCUGCCUAUCUCUGGUGUCAACUGUUUUGCUUGACAUUUGCUAAUGGCAAUGCUGGCUUUUCUAGCCAACUACAUCAUAUGCAAGACAAGCGCGCACAACUAAAUGCUCAAGAGAUGAAUAGGUAGCUUUGUGUUUGAUGUCUUUAGAAUUUGUAGCCCAGAUGUCAACCCAGCUGGCACUACGUAUUCAUUUAUGUUUUUGCAAUUAUCUGUUUUAUAGGGUGUUUGGAUAGGAACGUUGUUCGGCAGACUCACUCAAAUGAUUGUUCUAAUUAUCAUCACUUGCAAAACUGAUUGGGAGAAACAGGUAUGGGUAGCUAAAAACCGGAUAAGCAAGUGGUCUUUAGAAUCUGACCAACAAGCUGAAGGCGAUGAGCAAAAUGCAUGAACUCAGAGAAAAUUACUUAUUAGCUGUAUACCUGCAACUGCAAGCCUGCCCAAGCUGGAACAGAUUCUGUACCGAUUGACAUAUAGCUAUAUGAAUCAGUACAUCGUAGUUUGGUUCCGGUUUGUUUUUUCUUAGCCGGUAAUAUAAAAAUUAUAAAUUCAAACAGAAGAGUCACCAAGUGAUGGCUAAUUCAAAUUUUCUAUUAUGUUUUGUUAUAUAUUCUGUAUUUUUAAAGUUUUUCUUUGCUCAUGGCGGAAAAAUCAAUUGUUUUAAUUAAAUAUUAAGAAAAUCAAUAUUGUUCUGCAAUAUUGAUAAGAACGAUCAUAUUGAAGUCACAGCAAUAAAUUGCAUCCCAACAAAAGUAAGACUCAUUGCUUAGCUAAUGAUAAUAAUAUGAUAAGAGCCAUGCAUCAUCUUCAGUACCAUGACUUUUGCAAGACCCAACAAAGCAGAUCAGAAAUCUCUCUCCCUUCUGCAACUUUUCUGAUUCUUUGGAUUCGUUUGGUAUCAACUUUCCAACACAUGGUAAGUAAAUUCUAGUGUGUGUUUAUAUAUAAUAAGCAGUUCCAGUUGGGGAAUGUUUAUUUCUCCUUUUGUUCAAAUGUUCAUUUGCAUUGGGCUGUGCAUUAAAAUAUUUCGAUUCAUAUCAGGUUUCCUAUAUUUGAACAUUGGAUUUUCAUAGAAUACAAUAAGCUGUUUUGUUCUGCUCAAAUAUAUUUCUGGCACUCCAUUGCAUUUGCUUUUAACAAGUUUCUGCUUCUUGGUCUGUAUAAAUACUGCUAGAUGCAUUUUGGAUGGACAUCGACUUGAGUUUUGAACAUGAUGAAAUAGUAAAUUAGUAAUACCAGCUUAAGCCGAAGCUGUUGCCCUACUUUCAUUCUAUUUUGUAAAGUAUCAACUGCGCAAAAUAGUGGAUACAAUAACAAGCCUUCCAUUCAGUCGAGUGGUAGAUAUCCUCUGAUUAAUACUGAGUGUCAAGUUAUUAACUUGAAGAGUUGUACUUUUGUAGGACUAAUUAUGUAUAUUAACUCUAUUGCAGAUAUACAACAGCAUGGAGGGGAGUGUGGAUGAAAAUUUGCUUAUGGAAGUUCGAAGAGCAGAAGAGGAAGGGACAUUCAAAGACAGGGUAUGUACAGAGUCCAAGAAAAUGUGGAUUGUGGCUGGUCCUGCAGUAUUUUCAAGAUUUUCAACGACCGGAGUUGGUAUCAUUAGCCAAGCUUUCAUUGGCCAUAUUGGACCCACAGAGCUUGCUGCAUAUGCUCUGGUGUCAACUGUGUUACUUAGAUUUGCAAACGGCAUAUUGUUGGGAAUGACUAGCGCAUUGGAGACGCUAUUUGGCCAAUCAUUUGGUGCAAAACGAUAUGACAUGCUUGGAGUUUAUCUUCAAAGAUCGUGGCUUAUUCUGUCCAUAUGCUCAAUUAUUCUAUCACCGCUAUUUAUCUUCACCACCCCAAUUUUAAAAGCUCUAGGCCAGGAGGAAGCCAUUGCUGAAGUGGCUGGAACCAUUUCACUCUGGUUAAUCCCCGGGUUAUUUUCCUUUAUGGUAUCCUGCACCUGCCAAAUGUUCCUCCAAGCACAGAGCAAGAAUAAGAUUAUUGCAUACCUGGCAGCAUUUUCACUGGCAAUCCAUGUAUUUCUCUCAUGGCUCUUAACAGUAAAAUACAAGUUUGGACUAAAUGGGGCCAUGGUUUCCACAAUUUUGGCAUUUUGGCUCCCUAAUAUAGGUCAACUUAUUUAUCUUUUUGGUGGAUGGUGCCCAGAGACAUGGAAAGGUUUUUCCAUGUUGGCCUUCAAGGAUCUCUGGCCUAUUAUCAAGCUCUCUCUGUCAUCUGGUGUUAUGGUCUGCCUAGAACUCUGGUACAACACGAUUCUAGUUCUGUUAACAGGAAUCAUGAGAAACGCUGACAUUGCUAUUGAUGCUCUUUCUAUAUGCAUUAAUAUCAAUGGUUGGGAACUGAUGAUAUCUCUUGGUUUCUUUGCUGCGGCUAGUGUGAGAGUGUCUAAUGAGCUUGGAAGAGGAAGCUCUACAGCUGCAAAGUUCUCCAUCAUGCAGAUAGUGCUGACAUCAUUUGCUAUCGGAUUUGUGCUAUUUAUAAUUUUCUUGUUCCUUCGGGGAUGGCUAGCUUACAUAUUUACGGAAAGUACUGAGGUUGCUGCUGCUGUUGCUGAUUUGUCACCACUAUUGGCGGGUUCCAUACUUCUAAAUAGCAUUCAACCAGUUCUUUCUGGUGUUGCUGUUGGGGCUGGCUGGCAAAGCAUCGUGGCAUACGUCAACAUUACAUGCUAUUACCUAAUCGGAAUUCCAGUUGGAGUAGUGCUUGGCUAUGUUCUCCAGUUUCAGGUUAAAGGUGUUUGGGUUGGAAUGCUGUUCGGCACACUCAUUCAAACAAUUGUACUAAUGAUAAUUACUUACAAGACGGACUGGGAGAAACAGGUAUUGCUUGCCAGACAACGGAUAAGCAAGUGGUCUGUACAAGCUGAAGAAGAUGAACAGAAGGCAUGAGAAUCAAAUAAAAUUACUCAUUGUUAGCUGCAUUCCUGCAACUGCAAUCCUUCCCCGGCUAAAGUGAAAUGAGUAUCGAAAAAAUAUAGUAGCAAAUUUAGUCAGUACAUCGUUGAUAGGUUCUAGUUUUUUAUUCGGAUGAAACAAUUGAGACCCCAGUACAUCCGUGGCUCAGACAGAGGUACAUCUGUUGUUAUAAUAUAGCAAUAUCGACUAUAGU